AUGUCUCCUCUACUCUAUCUCCAUUUCGUUUCCCUGCUCCUCGCUCUAAUAUCCCCGACGAAUCAGUCCAGACCGUCAACCCGCCCGCAAUGCAAGGUCAUUCCCGGCGAUGCCGGCUGGCCCACCGAGCGAGAAUGGAAUCAUCUUCAGAAUGGACUCGGAGGACGGCUCCUGCAGCCAACUCCUCCCGGUGCUGUUUGUCAUGCAGAACAGCCCGUUUAUGACCCCGAGAAGUGCUCCAACAUCACCGCCGAAUGGGGCCAAUAUGAGACGCAUGUCUCCGACCCCGUCUCGGUGGUCUGGAAUCAGUACACAAAUGAUACCUGCCUGCCUAAUCCCUCGUUUCCUUGCAGCUCUGACGGUUACCCCUCCUUCGUCAUUAAUGCGACGAUGCCUGAACACGUAAAGCUCGGUAUUGAUUUUGCUCGCAAGCACAACAUUCGGCUGAUAGUCAAAAACACCGGACACGACUACCUGGGUCGCUCCAUUGCUCCCAACGCGCUGUCGAUAUGGACCCAUCAUAUGCAGUCGGUCAAGACGCAUCCGGACGGCUUCAAGCCCAAAGGCUGCUGGGACACCAUCCCCGGCACCGCAGUCACGGUGGGCGUCGGAGCACAGAUGCACAUGUUAUUCACAUACCUCAAUGCUCUCAAUCAAACCAUGAUUGGCGGAUCUGGGAAGACUGGCGGCGGCUCAACGUUUGGUGUCCUUACAUCUGUCACAGUUCGAACCUAUCCCAGCCCAAAGGUUCUCGGGAUGGAGUUUGUGUUCAUGAUGGAGGCGGAUCAGACCGCGAUUUUCGAUGUUGGCGCCUAUAUCCUGAGCCAGUUACCUGAACUAGGCGACAACGGAUUGUCGGGUUAUGUCUACGUCGCGCCGAGGAUGGAGAACCCAGUGCCUACUCCCGGCGCACCGGAGGAGAUUGCCGCAGUCUUUGGUGUCCUCGUACUCCAAGACACGAGCGACGACGACGACAUCUUGAAACUCUGGAGCCCCGUAAACAAUACAGUCCAUUCACGAUGGCCGGGAAUGGUUGAAAACAUCCAGCGACUCACGGCCUUCGGCUCUUACAGUGAUUGGCUUGAAUUAUAUUACGACAACCGCGGCUCGGGUGUUAACUCAUAUGUUUCCUCUCGACUUCUAGAUAAUCUGGCCCUUACCAGCAACUUAUCUGCCCUUGCAGAUGCAAUCAAGUCAACCACUGAUGUGGCCGGUCGCUUCACUGGAUUCCUCGUAUCAGGACAGGGAGUUAGGGACGCUCCGAUCCGAGGAGGAGGGAAUGCAGUCCCUCCCGCAUGGCGAGACGCUUAUGUCCUCACGUUCACUUCCUCAGAGUUUGCGCCGCUCAACGAUACAGCAGAGGCACAGGCCCUUCAGAAACUCAAGGACGCUGCCAUCAACCCGUUGCGAGAGAUUGCGCCAAAUACCGGAGCAUACCUGAACGAGGCGUCUCCCUACGAGCCCGACUGGCAACAAGAAUUCUGGGGCGUGAAUUACAAGCGCCUCGUAGAUAUUAAGCGCCGUGUCGACCCUCAAGAUGUGUUCUGGUGUUCUGUCUGUGUGGCCUUCUCUCAUCUGUCCCGCUUCAUCGCUUCCGACGAGAUUAUUAGAGGGAAGAACGUGGCUGGCUUCAUUUGUCACGGAAUCGCCGGUUUCCCCCGGAGCCAGCGCAUCAGGAGCCGUCCCGACAAACUCGACAUUCGUUGGGGGCUUGUCCUGGUAAGGCUGCGCUUCAGGGAGAUGGGCUGGUUCCUGCACGACCUCGAGCCCCCCUUUCAGCGGGAGUUAUGGACCGAUCGGCAUACCUCGGAGGAAAUCCGUUAG